AUGGACCAGCCCUUAGAGGCACCCGUAGCUCCUAUUGAUCCUUUGUUUGACAUCCCUGCUGAUUUUGACAUGGAUCUAGUUGAUCCUGAGCCCGUCAUGGCCCCCGAGCCUAUUGUUGACCAUGACCCUGUUCUUGAUGAUGCCCGGGCCGAUGCACCGCCUGAUAUGGGUGCACCAGCCAUUGCACCUCUUGUUGAUGAUAUACCCAUUGCUGAUCUUCCCGUUGUUGCUCCACCCUUGAUGGAUGAUCCUGUUGUUGAUGCACCAUUACCCGAUCCCGUGCCGGUAUUGUUUUACCGUGCACCUUUUGCUGCUCACAUAGACCCUCGUUAUGCCGACACCCACAACGGGUGGAUCGAUGACGACGACGAUUACCCACCGUUUGUGCUGCCUGUCACUCCCCCAGUAGCACCCGUUUCUGCACCCACUGAUAUCCCAUUGUUUCCCCCACACACCACAGACGCUCAUCGCACUGAUCUUCCCAUUACGUUCCUCCAGGACAUACCGCCACCUCGUCUUGGAGAGGGGUCAUCGAGGCAGCCGCCUGUUUCUGCUCCACCCAUGUUGUCAUCACCUUUUCCGUUCACAUCUCAGUUUCCUCAUAUGACUAGAUAG